ACCUGUCAGAACGAUUACCAACUAACAACACGUUUAGCAGCACGGCAACUUUAGUAGCAACAGUAGCACGAAGACACGUGUUGUAAGUUGAUAGGCCCUAAGUUUUGUUCCUGUAACGGUGUUUGUCCGUACUUUUAGGGUUCUGAAUAGCUUGGGUGCGGCGUGGUAGCAUACUAGCGAACUCUCUUCGCUCGAGGAUUCAGGGUCCACUGGAUUCUCCGUUUGGAGGACGACCCAUUCUACUUCUACUUAGCUGUAGGAGUACACAUGCGUCCAGUAACUUGAUUCUUGACCUAGUAGGAUUAGUUGAGUGGCUGUGGCGACCAGGGUAACAAGUAGGUAAAACAAGUGGUGCAAUCAGAGGCAUCCAGAACUGAGCGUCGUCAAUAGCGGCAAAACCUGAAAAGGCAGUAGCCAUGUGGAUGUUCUACGCCAUCGCGUUGCCGGUCACACUGGGCAUGGUGAUAUGGACGCUCAUAUACUACGCGUCGCCGCGCGUGCUGCAGCACGUGCGAAUCAUCGUGGCGUACACGUGGUUCGUCAACGUCUCCAUCGUCAUCCUCGUCCCGGUCGACGUCUGGACGGCGAUAUGUGUGGAGAGCGAGGCGGGGCCCACGGGGAUGGUCUCGGGGCCGUCAGCGGCGGUGUGCGGGUCCAAGCUGUCCGUGCAGUUCCUCUGGAGCUUCUCCUACUGGAGCGCCUACUUCCUCACUUGGGUGAUCAUCCCGAUCAUGCAGGGGUACGAGGACGCGGGCGACUUCACGGCACGGGAGCGGCUGCGCACGAGCGUGCGGACGAACCUGAUGCUGAUCGGCAUCGUGGGCGCUGUGGCCGUGGUGGGCAUCAUCAUCCUGCUCGCCACCAAGGAGAUGGCUUGGGACAACAUAGUGUCACUGGCCAUAGGGGCGUCAAACGCGUUUGCGCUGAUAACGGGCGCGCUGCUGCUGGGGUACGGGCUGGUGGAGAUCCCAAGGGGCCUCUGGUGCCACGCCGACCUGGCGGAGCGGCACAAGUGGCUGUCGGUGCGCGUGGCGCGGGUGGCUGAGCGGCUGGACCAGGCGCACCAGGAGCUCAGCACCGCCAUCGUGAUUGCUCAAGCCACGUCGCUGCAGAUGCCCCGCCACGAUCCCCUGCGCCCCAUGAUGGAGAUCAUCGACGCCAUGGCAUGUGAGGACGCGAGUUUCAAGGCGUCUGGGGGCCAGAUGGGCGAGAACGACAUGGACUACGACGCCGACAUCAAGAGCAUGGCCGCCCUCCGCAGGCGCCUGCGCAACGCGCAGGACAACUACUCGCGCUGCAAAACCGAGUACUGCACGGUGGUGUGGCAGGCGCUGCAGCUGGAGGAGACGCUGCACAACUGCUACCAGGGCACCAGGCGAUACACAUCCUACCUCCGCGAACCCAGAAAGGGCUUCUUUGCUCCCUUCCUCGACGUUGCGGAGUGGUGGUGGCGUUGCGCCAUCCGCAGCCACGUGGUGCGUGCCUUCGCCCUCCUCCUGGGGCUCAUCUCGCUGGCCAUCCUCUUCGCCGAGGCCACGCUGCUGUCGCAGAAGUGGGUGGACCUGUCGCUCUUCUCCGUGCUCGUGCGCGGCGCCGCGCUGCAUGGCGAGGCGGUGCAGCUCAUUGUGUUCGUGCCGCUGGUGUACCUGUGUGUGUGCACGUACUUCUCACUCUUCAAGCUCGGCAUGUUCUCCUUCUACUACCUCGUGCCGGGCCACACCGACUCCGUCUCGCUCCUUCUCAACUGCUCCAUGGUGUCGCGGUACGCUGCGCCCAUGUGCUACAACUUCCUCAGCCUCAUCCAUCUGCGCCAUUACAACUAUGUCUCCGGCUCCGUCGAGCCCCUCGUCACUGUCUUCGAAAAGCGCAUGGGCGUGCUGCCAGAGUCAUUCGACCGCAUCUACCCGCUGUGCAUGGUGGCGUGGUCGCUGCUCAUCGCACUCAACGUGCACCACCGCCUCUUCGACUCCGUCUCCCACCUCCUCUCACACUGUCGCGGCCUCUACAGCCGCACCUGGCGCCGCCUGCGCUUCGACGAGGACGGCGAGGGGGAGGAGGUGGGCGUGGACGGGCGGAGGGUGGUGGUCAAGGGCCACAUGAUACUGCAGAGAGAGCGCGCCACCAUAGAGCGAGGGCAGCCUCUGGGGGAGAGUGUGGUGCCGCUGGCUCGCCACUUCUCGUCAAAGGACCUCCAUGCCUCCUCCUCCGCCUCCUCCCUGCUCUCAGGCCACUACUCCACCCCCACUAAGGUACCUCACACGGACCCCAGCUCGUCGUCCUCCGCGGACCCGCUGCUGGACUCGCGGAUAACGGCCGUCAGACCACCGGGGGGCAACCCCGUCCCUGCCAGUGGCAGCGGCAAGGACUUGGAGUCAGCGUCGUUGCUGAGGACGGGGGUCAGCAGCAGCGGCUCUGUGAAAUACACCAGCAUGCUCUCCCACAAGGACCACAACAACCUCACUGCUGCUGCUGGCAGUGCCAGGAAGCCCCAGCGGCCUCCUGCAGGGGGCGCUUCAGGCGCUUCAUCAGGUGCUGCCUCCCCUGCAGCAACAGCAGCAGCAGCAGCAGCAGGUGUGGUAGCGAGGUUGGGGCUAGAGGGCAGCAUCAAGUCGAGCUCAGCAGGCGACCUGCUCCCUCUGGGUCGGGAGAAGUCAAGGCAGGCCUCUGUGCCAGGCAGUCCCCUCCUGCUCUCCCAAGCCGCCUCCCCCCAUGUCACUGCCAGGCUACCACCCAUCAGCACCUCCGCUCACUCCACCCCAUACCACCUGUCUGCUGCUGCUGCUGCUCCUGCCGGUAGCACCACACCGACCCGACCCUUCUCGCCUCCCUCUCUCCUCUCUUCUGCGUUGGGCCUGGGCUCUGCAGCAAUGGUGUCAACCCCACAGCGGUACCUCUGGGGCGGGCAGGCAGCAGCAGCAGGAGAGCAGCAAGAUGCCAGUACCCUGCCAGGUAGUAGCCAUGCAGGGGGCUUAUCACCCACAGAGUCCCCGCUUAUCUCGUCGAGCCAGAGCGGGGCAGCAGGUAUAGGUUCAGGGGGGAUCACCCCCAGCAGCGGCAGCAGCAGCCACAGGUCUCAAACACUGAUGGAGUCCCGCUGGUCUCAGGCUGUUACAUCCCGGUUGCGAGACGCCUCGUCCAGCAGUACAAUGGGCAGGCUGAGGGAACUGCUAGGGAGUCCACGGCAGCACAACAAGGAUGAGACGGGUGCGGAUGCAACCGAAAGGAGUGGCUUGGAAGGUGGUGGUUUGACACGAGAGGCUGCUCCGGACCUGGACAGGAUAUUUGAGAGCUUGCACUCACGGCGAGCAGCACCACUUGCAGAUGAUGAUGAGGAUGACCUGCAGUAUCAACGUGGAUUGCAACGAUCAGGAAGGGAUCAGGAAAGUAGAUGACAGUGAGUGACAAUGGUGUGUUCCAGUGCAAGAGAAGCAAACAAUUACGAAGUGGACAGGAAACCACUUGCACAUUCUUUGAUUAUAUACAUAGAGCACGUACCAUCUGUCUUCUCAUUAUUAUGGAUCAGAGAUUCACGUAAUGUCCUGU